AUGGCUCCUAUUGAAUAUCUACUGUUUGAAGAACCUACUGGUUACGCAGUUUUCAAGGUUAAGUUGCAACAAGAUGACAUUGGUUCAAGAUUAAAAGAAGUUCAAGAACAGAUCAAUGAUUUUGGUGCUUUUACCAAGUUGGUCGAACUUGCCUCUUUCGCUCCAUUCAAAGGUGCUGCUGAAGCCCUUGAAAAUGCCAAUGAUAUAUCAGAAGGUUUAGUCUCUGAAAGUUUGAAAGCUAUCUUGGAUUUGAACUUACCAAAGGCUUCCUCCAAAAAGAAGAACGUUACUUUGGCUAUCUCCGAUAAGAACUUAGGUCCUUCUAUCAAGGAAGAAUUCCCAUACGUCGAUUGUAUCUCAAAUGAACUUGCCCAAGAUUUGAUUCGUGGUGUCAGAUUACAUGGUGAAAAAUUAUUCAAAGGUUUACAAUCUGGUGACUUAGAAAGAGCUCAAUUAGGUUUGGGUCAUGCUUAUUCCAGAGCCAAAGUGAAGUUUUCUGUUCAAAAAAACGACAAUCACAUCAUUCAAGCUAUUGCUUUAUUAGAUCAAUUGGAUAAAGAUAUCAAUACUUUUGCUAUGAGAGUUAAGGAAUGGUAUGGCUGGCAUUUCCCUGAACUGGCUAAAUUAGUGCCAGACAACUACACUUUUGCCAAGUUAGUUCUUUUCAUCAAGGACAAAGCCUCAUUAAACGAUGAUUCCUUACAUGAUUUGGCUGCUCUUUUGAAUGAGGAUUCGGGUAUUGCACAAAGAGUGAUUGACAAUGCUCGUAUUUCCAUGGGACAGGAUAUAUCUGAAACCGAUAUGGAAAAUGUUUGUGUUUUCGCUCAAAGAGUCGCUUCUUUAGCUGACUACAGAAGACAACUAUACGAUUACUUAUGUGAAAAGAUGCACACUGUUGCUCCAAACUUAUCAGAAUUGAUUGGUGAAGUUAUUGGUGCUAGAUUAAUUUCUCACGCAGGUUCUCUAACCAAUUUAUCUAAACAAGCAGCUUCAACGGUUCAAAUUCUUGGUGCUGAAAAGGCUUUGUUCAGAGCUUUAAAAACUAAAGGUAACACUCCAAAAUACGGUUUGAUUUACCACAGUGGUUUUAUUUCUAAGGCUUCUGCCAAGAAUAAGGGUCGUAUCUCCAGAUACUUAGCCAACAAAUGUUCUAUGGCCUCUAGAAUUGACAAUUAUUCUGAGGAACCAUCUAAUGUUUUUGGUUCCGUACUAAAGAAACAAGUUGAACAAAGGUUAGAAUUUUACAAUACUGGUAAACCAACUUUGAAGAACGAAUUAGCCAUUCAAGAAGCUAUGGAACUUUAUAACAAAGAUAAACCAGCUGCAGAUGAGGAGGAAGUCAAGGAAAAGGAAUCCUCAAAGAAGAGAAAAUUAGAAGAUGAUGAUGAAGAAAAGAAGGAAAAGAAAGAGAAAAAAUCGAAGAAGGAAAAGAAAGAGAAGAAGGACAAGAAGGAAAAGAAGGAAAAGAAGGAUAAGAAGGAAAAGAAGGAUAAAAAGAAGAAAAGCAAGGAUUAA